AGGGUAGCUUGUGCAUGCAACGGUGCCCCGCGUUCAGGGUGCUGGCCCGUGGGGUUCCGCACCUCCGUGAUGAAUGUCGAUGAGCGCCGGGCGCACGCGAUCAGCAGCUGGGUGCGCCGCAUUUUAAGAGCGUGCAAACAGCAGUUGAUAUGCACCUGGUUUGAGCACAAGGCUAAGAGGCGCCCAGUUGGUUUGCAGUUAGCCAAAGACUUGACCGGGCUUUUCUAUAAGCCCUUUGCAGCUUUCCACCGGACUUCUUGCCUGAGGUUCGGCAAAAUGCAGUCGAUGCUGAAGCAGCGCUCGGGCGUUCGCGCCGCGCAGCCCGCCCGCCGGGCCGUGCAGGUCCGCGCUGUGGCUGCCCCCGUGAAGGCGGCGACCUCUAAGUCGCCCAUCGUCACCCCUGAGACUGCCAAGGACCUGUACUACGACAUGGUGCUGGGCCGCGAGUUCGAGGAGAUGUGCGCCCAGAUGUACUACCGCGGCAAGAUGUUCGGGUUCGUGCACCUGUACAGCGGCCAGGAGGCGGUGUCCUCGGGCGUCAUCCGGCAGCUGCGCCAGGACGACUACGUGGUGUCCACCUACCGCGACCACGUGCACGCGCUGUCCAAGGGCGUGUCGGCGCGCGAGGUCAUGGCCGAGCUGUUCGGCAAGAAGACCGGCUGCUGCAGGGGCCAGGGCGGCUCCAUGCACAUGUUCAGCGCCAAGGCCGGCGUGCUGGGCGGCUACGCCUUCAUUGGCGAGGGCAUCCCCGUGGGCCUGGGCGCCGCCUUCCAGUCCAAGUACCGCCGCGACGUGCUGGGCGAUGAGAAGGCCGACUCCGUGACCUGCUCCUUCUUCGGCGACGGCACUUGCAACGUGGGCCAGUUCUACGAGUCGCUCAACAUGGCCGCGCUCUACAAGCUGCCCCACAUCUUCGUGGUGGAGAACAACCUGUGGGCCAUCGGCAUGAGCCACCUGCGCGCCACGGCCAGCACCGCCGGCGACCAGGAUCCGCACAUCUACAAGAAGGGCCCGGCCUUUGGCAUGCCCGGCGUGCUGGUGGACGGCAUGGACGUGCUCAAGGUGCACCAGGUUGCCAAGGAGGCCAUUGAGCGCGCCCGCCGCGGCGAGGGCCCCACGCUGAUCGAGGCGGAGACCUACCGCUUCCGCGGCCACUCGCUGGCCGACCCCGACGAGCUGCGCUCCAAGGAGGAGAAGGCCAAGUGGCUGGCGCGCGACCCCAUCCCGCAGCUGAAGAAGUACAUGAUCGACAACGGUCUGGCCUCCGAGGCCGACAUCAAGGCGCUGGAGGACAAGGUGGCGGAGGUGGUGGAGGACUGCGUCAAGUUCGCCGACGAGUCGCCCAAGCCCGAGCGCGGCCAGCUGCUGGAGAACGUGUUCGCCGACCCGCGCGGCUUCGGCAUCGCCGAGGACGGCCGCUACCGCUACCAGAUGCCCGGCUUCAGCAGCGGCACCGCCGUCGUGUCGUAAGCAGCUGGGGCCCCAAGGGUUUGCUUGGUUGCGGAGGCCGCAGAGGUCUCGCAGGCUGGUUGAAAGCGGCUUGGCAAGGCUUGGAGGCAGAGGUUGCGGAGGUCUCGGCUGGUUAGCUGCGAUCUUGGCUCGAUGCAGCGUGGUGUUGGUGAGGCGGCGGCGGCGGCGGCGGCAGUAGCAGCUGCAGCAGCAGCGACGCCGCGUGGCUACGCGAUGUUGGUGUCUUGUCGCGCUCGGUGGCGGCCCUUGUGUGGCGGCGUGGAGGCUGGCGGGCGUGGAGCCGGGAGGCUGGCCGGCUUGGGGUUGUGCUGGCGCUCCGUUGCGGCGAGGCAUUGAAGAUGGGAGAAGACAUACGGUAUGUGCAGAAGCUCUAAGGCGUGAUCGGCGUCAGCCGUCUGAAAAUUUUUCUUGCCAAAAUGUCAAGUGCGUGUGUGUAUGCGUUGUGGUUGUGUGUGUGCGUCGGUGCGCUGGAUCUGGAACGGCGUGUGUGUGCUGGCAGGGCGUGGGUAGGCAGGGCGCACGGGUGCCUCUUGUCAACGUGGGAGCCCUGCAUGCCGAGCCAAUCGCAGGCGGCUUCGAAUGGUUGCCGGUUUCGAAUGGUUGCAAUGCCGCGAGCAUGGAAGCACCCGCCGCUGCCGCCCUGGGACUGACCUGCGUGAGAGGCGUGGUGUUGGCAGAAGGGAUGCGGGCGCACGGGUGUGUGCCUCGAAAGACUACGUGGUCAAGGAGCUCGGAAGGAGAGAGGCUCGGUGUCAUGCGUGUGUAACCCGCGCGCAGUAACGCACUGUGUCUCACACACAUACAGACAUACCGCAUCGUGCAACUGCUGUCGCUGCCUGUGCCGCCUGUGCUCACGCUAUCUGUUCUGCUGUGCAGCCUCUACGCCUCUCCAAAGUUGUGCUUGGGGGAUUUCUGGUUUCGCAUAGUUAUCAUUAAACGCAUCGCCGAUACCAUUGGGGAACGGACAACGGGGACUGUAUGGGCCGGUAGGUACAGGCCGAGGCAGGCAGGCAGGUACCGUAGUCAGUACCGAAGUCAGCUUCGCACAGGCACUAGCGGACCGCCAUGCGAUCCAUGGGGCGUGCCCCUAAGGGAGUCAAGUGACAGGGGACGCAACCUGACGCAACGUACGGCAUAGUGCUGGGCAUGAGAGCAGGCGUGUGCAAGUAGUGACCCUUCGUCAGGGGUGCCCUUCGUGGCAUAGAGCUGAGGUGAAAGGAGGCUGGUAUAGGAACGACGACUGAAGUCUGAGUAUGAUCUGGAGUGCCGGAGUCGUAACAUACGUUGGACCAAAGGUAUUGGGGAUGCUGCUGGCUAUGCACAACGUUGGGGGGUGGGGUCGGGGCUGUGCGUUGGAGAGUGUCAGCAUCGCUGCUAUACUUCA